AAUUCGAAUCAUGGAGAUUUUUAAAUUUGAAUGAUCCAUUAGUUUCUCCAGGUAACCAAACAACAUGGAGUCGCUGAAGAACGAAAAUUUAUCAACAUUAGAUGUUCCAUGUGUUUCAGAAAGUAAACAGACAGUAAUGACUGACGAUGAAAGAUUAGCCCGUGUAGCUGAAGCUUUAGCAGACUCAACAAAUUUAGAACCAAAAUCUAAUAAAAUCCAGAUGUCAAUAAGUGAUGAAGUAUUCGUCUCGUCCAGCAAAAUAGAACCAGAAAUUCCUAAACAUGUCAAAAUAUCAGAGGAAAAGAAGUUUAUUGAAAAAAGCUCUCUAACAAAUUUGGUUACAAAAUCAUCUGGUGUAGAAGAAAUUAAUUCUGGUCCUGAAAAGAAGAAAGAAAAGGAAAAAGCAAAUUCAUCAGUUUUUGAUUAUGUGUUUGGAGAAUUGCGAAGAGGUUAUCAAUUAGAAAACGAUGAGCAGCGGUUUACAGAAAGACGGGAAAAAUUUUAUGUAUUUUUAAAAAUACCAAAAGAAAUUGAAAAGUUUAUAUUGUAUGGAUUCUUCCAAUGUAUAGAUGCUUUUUUGUUCAUAUUUACUUUUCUGCCUCUUCGAUCGCUGUUAUCAGUUUGGUUUAUUUUCUCUAGAACUUUGAAGUCCAUAAUAAGCUUCCUUUUUGGGACUCAUUACCGAUAUCAAAGUUUGCAACCAGCUGAAAUUUGUGAUCUGUUGAAGGUGAUCAUCUUAGGUUGUGUGAGCUUUGCCAUGAUGUAUGUUGAUACAUCAAUGUUGUAUCAUAUUGUGAAAAGUCAAUCUGUGAUCAAAUUAUACAUUAUGUUUAAUAUGUUGGAGGUAGCAGAUAAGUUAUUUUCUUCCUUUGGUCAAGAUAUUUUGGAUGCUUUAUACUGGACUGCAACAGAACCAAGAGGAAGAAAAAGAGAGCAUAUAGGUCUUUUGCCACAUUUAUGUUUGAGUCUUAUUUAUGUCUUUAUUCAUUCAAUUAUUGUCCUAAUACAAGCUACAACUUUAAACGUUGCCAUCAACUCACAAAACAAAGCUCUUUUAACUAUCAUGUUAUCAAAUAAUUUUGUUGAGCUGAAAAGCAUGGUUUUCAAAAAGUUUGAGAAAAACAAUCUUUUCCAAAUGUCUUGUAGUGAUGUUAGAGAGAGAUUUCAUUAUUUAGUUUUGUUAUUUAUUGUCAUUAUACAAACUAUGAAAGAGUAUAAUUGGAAUUAUGACCAAUUUAUGGUUCUUUUACCUUAUUGUUUUGGUGUUGUUAUUGCUGAAAUGUUUGUUGAUUGGACAAAGCAUGCCUUUAUCACCAGGUUUAAUGAAAUUACAUUUGAAGUUUAUCGUGAUUAUACUGUUAGCCUGGCUUACGAUUUAGCUAGCUGCAAGUUAAAAAAUGCAUUUGCUGAUCACUCUGAUUUAAUUUCUCGAAGAAUGGGAUUUAUACCACUACCUCUUGGUGCAUUAGUCUUACGGGUUGUAAUUGGAUCUAUACCAAUUGUUAGCAUUUGGGGAUUUUUCAAUUCUUGCCUUGUAUUUUUAUGCUUAAUAAGUGCAAAAAUAGCCAUUAGUAUUACUUUAUUAGGAAAAGCGUGUGAUGAAAUUGAAAUGCAUCGAAAUGCACAAAAAGAAAAACUUCCUCAACCUCGACAAUGUAACAGUUUGCCAUCUAGUCGCCACCACAGCACUGAAGACUUGACAAAGAUCUUGUCCCAAACAAAAAGUAUGCCACAAAGUCAAUGUGCUAGUGCCUCAUCUAGUAUUGCUGACAUUACAGCUAGAGCUGAAAUAUUGCAAGAAAAUCUGGAACCAAAUAUGUUAUUUUCUAAUAGUACUGUAAGUUUAAAUAGUUUAGGAAUGAAUGAUAGUAUGUUUGAUGCUGAGCAGUUUUCCGAAAAUAAAACGGGAACCAGCACACCAAAAUGGAAGGCAACUGCGACAUUUGGAGAUGUUUUAAGGACUAAUAAUGAAGUGGAACCUUUAAAAAGAAGAAUAUCUUUGCAAGAGAAAGUGGAAUUUUCUGAGGAAUCCAAGUCUUGACAGAAAGUUCUUAAAUGUUUCUGUAAAUGUAUGUGAAUGAAUUAUAAUUCUUAUUUCCAAAAUUUAGUUUGUUUUCAAAUAUAUUGGUGAUAAUGCAAAGUAAAAUGAAAUAUCACCUAAAGAUAAUUAGCUUUUAUUGAAUUUUUUUUAAUCAUUAAAUAUUCAUUAAAAUUUUUGUUUGAGCAUUCUUUAUAAAAUGCUCAAUAUGUGGAUUGUUAACUGAAUAUAAUAGUGAUUAGUAAUUUUGUUAUCAUAUAACUAUAUUAUAUGUUCUAACAUUUGUUAUUUGAUUUUUUCUGUGAUAUGUAAUAUUUGUAUUUAUUUUAUAUCAUAUUUGUCUGUAUAUUCAAAUACUCGUAAGUAUUUUUAAAAAAAUUUAAUUUCACUUCUUAUUCAAACAGAUUUUUAUUGUUAUAAAACUAUUUUGCAAUGAUGUGAAAAGUUCUUUCCAAUGGCUGCCAAUUUGAAAAACAAAAUUCAAAGACAAACCUUCCGCUUAUUAUUAUUUAGUUUAUAUUCUUGACGAAAAUGUAAGUGCAGUUUUAAAAGUUCUGAAAUACCAUUCAGAUUUAAUGACUUAUUAAAAUUAUGUAUUUUUACAAAAAA